CAUGGGGCUCCUGUCACAGGGGAUGGUACUGGGGUGUGGUCAGCUUUAGUCGAGGAGUUGUUAGGGAUACGACCAGAGCCUGGUGAUGAUGGAAAACCUGUUCUCCAGGGUUCAUCAUUGAGGAUGACUUGGUUGAGGCGACACUUCAGUCAGGGCCCCCCUGAUGACGCUGCUGAUAUUGUUUAUGAGAGGUUUAGCCGAGCAUAUAUUCUUGCACUCAUGGGGUCCAUUUUGUUUGCUGAUAAGAGCGGUGAUGCCGUGCAGCUCGUCUACUUGCCAUUGAUUCGCGACUUGCGUAGAGCUGGGACAUACAGCUGGGGGAGUGCGACCCUUGCUUAUUUGUAUCGACAGAUGUGUCGAGCCGCUCGUAGACGAUCCCGUGACAUUGGUGGUCCACUUAUACUUCUGCAGUUAUGGUCAUGGGAGCAUAUUCACAUUGGUCGUCCGAGGAUUUCGAGAGUUCGCGAUGCUCCACCUCCUCACCCAGAGCAUCCUAUUGAGGUCGACGAUCCAUCUAUUCUUGGUACUCAGCAUCAGCGUGGAGUGGACCCCUUAGCAUGCAGUUGGCUUAGGGUUCACUUUUCAUGCGGCCAUACAGCUAGUGGACUCUCUUUCUUUAGGGAUGCACUUGACCAUCAAAAGGAGACACAGAUGACUUGGCAGCCAUAUUCAGAGACGGUACUUGGUUUACUACCCGAGAUUUGUAGAUGUGAUAGAGAUAUAUGGCGCUCAGUUGUACCGUUGAUUUGCUUUGACAUUGUUGAGUACCACUACCCAAAUCGAGUGAUGCGUCAGUUUGGAUUGGAACAGUCAGUUCCCGUUGCGUGUGACACGAGUGUUGAUCUUCAUAAUGUGGAUCGACGGCAUAAAAACAAGAAGUUUGAAGAGAUGCAUCGCAAAUAUGUGGAGGAGUGGCGUGAUCGUGAGAGUUGGAUUGUUCAAGGCACUCCUUUUGCCGGUCAUCGUGAGAGGAUGAAGGAGUAUAUGGAUUGGUAUUGUAGCAUCACGAGACUCCUCAUUACUCCUGUUACACGAUCACCCCCCACCACUCAUUAUCAGCCGUCUUCCUCUGAUAUUAUUUUGUCACAUGCAUUGGCUGAUCUUGCCUCAAGAUGCACUCGAGCUGUGGAUUCUGCGCUAGAGUUACCUCCCAGUUUGGCCCUUGCUCUCACUCUUGAUACGUUACGCAAUUUGAGUUCCUCUUGCAUUGAGACCUUAUCAAGAGUGGGGCAAGAACAUAUCCUCCAACAAUAUGAUUUAGCCUCGUCUCAGUGUACACCUGACACCUCCACCUCACAUGUUUCUCGAGGGCGUGGUUUUCGACCACCACGUGCACGCCCUCCACCACUUACUCCUCCUCUACGCCCUCCAGCACUUACUUCUCCACGCCCUCCACCACCACCUUCUCCACGCCCUCCAAGGUUGUUGGAGUUGGAUUAUAGACGUUGGAGUUGGAUUAUAGACGUUGUUGGAGAUCUUGGAGUUGUUUACAGGUUGUUGGAGUUGGACUAUUUGGCAGGAAGAUCUCAGCCCAUUUUCUGGCUGAACACUGGAAACUGCAAGCUUGGAUGCAGGCUGGAUACUGAACCGCUAUCUGAGAUAGCGAAGAAAAGACCACUUAGGAGGGAACAGGGUGAUUACUGCUGCGAGACAGAAGAAAUCAGCCUGAGAGAGAACAAACUAGACCACACUUAUCUUUUUGCAUAUAAUCAAUCAUUGCCUCACCUAUUAAGAUUGCCAGAAAUAGGAACAAGAGGAGUAUCUGUUUUCUGUAAUGUCUGA